UCGCCUGUCCCCUCCAGCGGCCGCCUGGAGCGUUGUCCCCCUGGCCGGCAUGGGGCCGCUGCGCUGGCUGCCUCUGCUCGGGCAGCUGCUGCUGCUGCAGCCACCGGAGUCCCGGGCCGCCGGCCCCAUCCGGGCCUUCGUGGUCCCCCACAGCCACAUGGACGUGGGCUGGGUCUACACGGUCCAGGAGAGCAUGCGAGCAUAUGCGGCCAAUGUCUACACCUCCGUGGUGGCUGAGCUGGCCCGUGGGCCGCAGCGUCGCUUCAUCGCGGUUGAGCAAGAGUUCUUCCGGCUGUGGUGGGACCACGUCGCCUCAGAGCAGCAGAAACGCCAGGUCUGCCGACUCCUGGAUGAAGGACGCCUGGAAUUUGUUCUUGGAGGCCAGGUCAUGCAUGACGAGGCUGUGACCCAUCUUGAUGACCAAAUAUUACAGCUCACAGAGGGACACGGAUUUCUCUAUGAAACAUUUGGGAUCCGGCCGCAGUUCUCCUGGCACGUUGACCCAUUUGGCGCAUCUGCCACAACCCCCACUCUCUUUGCCCUGGCAGGCUUCAACGCCCACCUCAUCUCCAGGAUUGACUACAACCUGAAAGACGCGAUGCAGGAGGCCCAGGGGCUGCAGUUUGUGUGGCGAGGGUCCCCAUCCCUGUCAGCUCAGCAGGAAAUCUUCACGCACGUCAUGGACCAGUACAGCUACUGCACCCCCUCCCAUAUUCCCUUUUCCAACAGGUCCGGGUUUUACUGGAAUGGUGUGGCUGUCUUCCCGGAACCACCCCCGGAUGGUGUGUACCCCAACAUGAGCGAGCCUGUCACCCCUGCCACCAUCAACUUCUACGCUGAGACCCUGGUGGCCAAUGUGAAACAACGGGCUGCGUGGUUCCGAACACCCCACGUCCUCUGGCCCUGGGGAUGUGACAAGCAGUUCUUCAAUGCCUCGGUGCAGUUCGCCAACAUGGACCCCCUGCUGGACCACAUCAACAGCCACUCUGCCGAGCUCGGGGUCUUGGUGCAGUACGCCACACUGGGUGAAUACUUCCGCACCCUGCACACCCUCAAUGUCACCUGGAGCGUCCGUGACCACCACGACUUCCUGCCCUAUUCAUCAGAACCACUGCAGGCCUGGACGGGCUUCUACACAUCCCGCAGUGUGCUCAAGGGGAUGGCGCGGCAAGCCAGUGCUCUUUUGUAUGCUGGGGAGUCCAUGUUCACACGCUACCUGUGGCCGGUCCCUCAAGGCACUCUGGACCCUGCCUGGGCCUUGCAGCAGCUCCAGCAACUCCGCUGGGCUGUCUCCGAGGUCCAGCACCAUGAUGCUGUCACUGGGACUGAGUCCCCCAAGGUGAGUGACAUGUACAUGGAGCACCUGGCCACAGGGAUGCUGGGUGUGCACAAACUUAUGGCCUCCAUCGUCCUGGAGGGACUUGGGCCUUCAGUGGGCAAGCAGCACAAAGCACCAGCAGCCAACUCAGGCACAAAGCCUGCAGGGUACUUUGCCUCUGUCUACAACCCACUGACCUGGACAGUCACCACUAUCGUCACCCUGACUGUUACCUUCCCCAGAGUCAGCAUCACAGAUGAGUUGGGUCAUCCCGUGCCUGCACAGAUCCAGAGCUCUGCCAAGCACCCCUUUGCAUAUGACCUGCUCGUUCUGACCACAAUCUCAGGCCUCAGUUACCAGUACUACAGCAUCAGACCCAUCAUAGAGGCCCAAGAGGGCACUCAGGAGCCAGCCGCUGCCAUGGCCAACACACUCCAGUUUGGCCACAGGCCAAGGAGACGCAGCAACCAGGGUGGCAGGCGCCUGGUGCCCGUGAUGAAUGACUGCUACACUGUGCUGUUCGACCAGGACACCAACCUGAUGUUCAGCAUACAGGAGAGACAGAGUAACCGCACAGUACGUGUGGCCCAGGAAUUCCUGGAGUACCACGUCAAUGGGGAUGUGAAACAGGGCCCCAUUUCUGACAACUACCUGUUUGCACCCAACGAGACAGCAGAGCCCACGUGGGACACUGUGAGGAUGGAGAUCGUGGUGGGAAAGCUGGCGACUGAGAUCCGGCAGUACUUCUACAGAAACGCAACAGCCCAGGCUUACACCUACGCCAUCUACUCCCGGCUGGCCCACGUGCCUCAGGGCCCCCACGGGGAGCUGCUUUGCCACCGGAUAGAGCAGGAGUACCAAGUGGGCCCCUUGGAGCUGAACCGUGAGGCCAUCCUGAGGACCAGCAGUGAUCUAAACAGCCAGCAGGUCCUCUACUCGGACAACAACGGCUACCAGAUGCAGCAGCGGCCCUUCCAGGCCUUCAGGAACAACACCAUCGCCCGGAAUUACUACCCCAUGGUGCAGUCUGCCUUCAUCGAGGAUGGAAGAAGCAGACUGGUGCUGCUGUCAGAGCGAGCACACGGUGUCUCCAGCCAAGGGAACGGGCAGGUGGAGGUCAUGCUCCAUCGGCGACUGUGGAACAACCUGGCCUGGGACCUCAACUACAACCUCACGCUGAAUGACACCUCGAUUGUCCACCCCGUGCUCUGGCUUCUGCUGGGACCCAAAACACUCACCACUGCCCUGCGCCCCAGGAGCGGCCUCGCGCUGCAGCAUAGGCCAGUUGUGCUGCUCAGAGAGCUGGCCAGUCCAGAGCCACCUGGUCAAGGGACUUCCUCGGAGCCUCCAGGACUCCGGCAGCAGGUGGCCGUGACACUGCCACCAAAUCUGCACCUGCAGAUCCUGAGUGUCCCUGGCUGGAGCUACAACACCAACCACACCGAGCACAUGCGACAUCUUCGGCAAGGGUUUGCAGGAAGGCCCUUCUCACUGUGCCCAGCAGGCCCCCUGCUGUGGAAAUUGUAAUGCAACACCUGCCUCCUCCUCACCAAGGUGGGAAGCAGCUUCUGCCCAGAAACCAAACAUCACAUCUGCUGUCUUGCAUUGGCCAUAGCAGUCACGUGAUCACAUGGAACUCCAGAGGGGACAGGAGGAAAAGACUGGGGUACUUGAAGACAGGCUCAAGUACCUUGAUGACCACAGCAAGAUCAAGGACAUUGGCAUUGGCCCCUGUGUGGCAGGCUGGAGGCCUGGAGUGGUCCUGACCUGCUCUAGACCUUCCCUGUGCUACACACCAGCCACAGGACCCCAGGCCUUGCUUCCUUGGAUGUUGAGUGGUGGGCUGCGUCCACUGCCCUGUGGGGAAGUUGAGGAUAUAGAAUGCAGUUCAGAGUGUACAGCCCUGGAGCCUUGAGCUUGGUUGAUGGGGGUCCUCACUGCUACCUUCUGUCCCCAAAGGCCACCAAGGGAAGGCCCAGGCAGACUUGCAUCGUGUCCUGCUGCGGCUCCACCACCUGUAUGAGGCAGGGGAGGACCCAGUCCUGUCCCAGCCAGUG